AUGAUUGAGAAGAACAAGACGUGGAAACUAGUGGACAAGCCAAAGAAGAAGAAUGUGAUAAGUGUGAAGUGGAUCUACAAGAUCAAGACCGAUGCAAACGACAAUCACAUCAAGCACAAGGCGGCUAGUUGCAAGAGGGUUCUCUCAAGACAAGCCCCAAGGGAAUGGUAUGGAAGGAUAGAUUCAUACUUUCUUCAAAACAGUUUUAAGAGAAGUAUGAAUGAUGCGGCUUUAUACAUCAUGAAGCAAGGUGGUGAUGUGUUGAUCGUGAGUCUAUAUGUGAAUGAUAUAAUCAUCACAGGAAGCAACAUCCAGAGCAUCAACACAUUCAAGGAGAACAUGAAGAAAGAAUUCGAGAUGGUGGAUCUUGGAUUGUUGAACUACUUUCUUGGAAUGGAAGUAAUUCAAGACGAUGGAGGCAUAUUUCUUUCACAAGAAAAGUAUGCAAACAAACUUGCAGACAAAUUUGGGGAGCGAGACCGCAAGAGUGUAAGCAACCCACUUACACCACAAGGAAAAGGAGUUGAAGAUGACAAGGAGUAUGGAGAUCCAACUAAGUAUAGAAACAUCGUUGGAGGGCUUUUAUACAUGUCAUCACCUCGCAUGAAGCACUAUCAAGAAGCCAAGAGGGUGUUAAGAUAUGUCAAAGGAACAUCAAACUUUGGAGUGUACUUCACAAGCGUGAAAGAACCAAGACUUGUAGGUUACACGGACAGCGAUUGGGGUGGUUCUAAGGAAGCAAGAAAAGCACUUCAGCAAAUCAGCAUAGCAAUUGAGAAGAAUCUGGUGCAACACAGAAGGACAAAGCACAUAGAGAUCAAGUACCAUUUCGUGAGGGAAGCUGAGCAGAAAGAAAUCAUUGAACUGAAGUACCAUUGGACGGUUCAAGGUUUGAAGAUUAAGGAAGCAGCUUGGAGUCAAGUUGAGAUAUGA